AAGAUGUAUAAAUGCCUUGUGUAAUUAUCCCAUAAAUUGUUAUCUUUUUUUGCAGAUAUUGGAUUUGGAUGGGCUGGCAUAUUUCGAAGGUAUUUAGUAGAGCCAUCUUCAAUGUGGUGGCCUGCAAAUCUGGUUCAAGUCUCCCUAUUCAGAACACUUCAUGAGAAGGAGGAGAGACAAAAAGGAGGUGUAACGCGCUUGCAGUUCUUUCUAAUAGCUUUAACAUGCAGCUUUGGUUAUUACGUGCUUCCAGGUUAUCUUUUCCCCAUGCUGACAUCUUUUUCAUGGCUGUGCUGGAUGUUUCCUGGAUCUGUUAUUGCACAGCAAGUGGGUUCAGGCCUUCAUGGGCUAGGUCUGGGUGCUGUUGGAUUGGACUGGUCAACUAUCUCUUCAUAUCUGGGAAGUCCACUGGCCACACCCUGGUUUGCUGUAGCCAAUGUGGGCGUUGGCUUUGUGCUCAUAAUGUAUGUGAUUACACCAUUGACAUAUUGGUUUGGUGUUUAUGAUGCUAGAGUCUUCCCCAUAUUUUCCAAGGACCUCUUCACAUCUACAGGAAAAAUUUACAAUAUAUCUGCCAUAGUGGAUUCCAACCUCAAUUUGGACGUACAGGCCUAUCAGAAGUAUGGCCAGUUACAUCUGAGCACUUUUUUUGUUUUUUCUUAUAGCAUGUCCUUUGCAGCAUUGUCUGCCACGAUCAUGCAUGCACUCAUCUUCCAUGGAAAAAACAUAUGGAAUCUCAGAAUACAUACCUUCAAAGAUAAGAAAAUGGAUGUGCACUCUAGGCUCAUGAGGAAAUACAAAGCAGUACCAGAGUGGUGGUUUUUCACAAUUCUUGCCUUGACUUUAACAGUCACCAUUACAGCUUGUGAAUGGUUUAAGGAUCAGCUUCAAUUGCGGUGGUGGGGAGUGCUCCUUUCAUGUGGCCUUGCCAUAUUCUUCACUCUACCAAUUGGCAUUAUAAAGGCUACUACUGAUAAGAGCCUGGGCUUGAAUGUCAUUUCUGAAUACAUUUUUGGCUACAUCUCCCCAGGCAGACCAGUGGCCAAUAUCUCCUUCAAGAUUUUGAGUAUUAUCACCAUUGGUCAAGCCCUAACUUUUCUGCAAGACUUCAAACUUGGUCAGUACAUGAAGAUUCCUCCACGCUUCAUGUUCAUGGCACAAAUGGUAGGGACAAGUGUUGCUGCACUGGUAUACAUGGGAACAGCAUGGUGGAUGAUUGACAACGUUCCCAAUCUGUGCAAUACAGCAGUCUUACCAGAUAACAGUCCAUGGGUUUGUCCAAUGGACCAAGUGAUAUAUGAUGCAUCUGUGGUUUGGGGACUAAUCGGUCCAAGGCGAAUUUUCGGAAGCCUUGGUUUAUAUGGUGCUGUUAACUGGUCUUUCCUAAUAGGAGCCAUAGCCCCAAUGCUGGCAUGGCUUUUGCAAAAGUUGUGGCCUGAGAAAACAUGGAUAAAGUAUAUCAAUAUGCCUGUGCUUAUUGGAGCAACAUCACUUAUGCCUCCUGCCACUGCAGUGAAUUUCACUAGCUGGUUGAUUAUUGGAUUUCUUUUCAGCUUUUUGAUAUACAGAUAUCACAGACAAUGGUGGCAGAGACAUAACUAUGUGCUUUCAGCAGGACUGGAUGCAGGUUUGGCCUUCAUGGGUGUGCUUCUCUAUGUUUGUUUGGGUCUGGAGAAUGUAUCUUUGAAGUGGUGGGGAACACACUUGGAUGGUUGCCCAUUAGCUUCCUGCCCAACAGCUAAGAAUAUAUCAGUUCAUGAUUGUCCAAUGUUUGUUUAGACGAAAUAGAAAUGAAAAAAAAUUGGGUUUUAAAAGAAUCUGGUUUUUUUG